AUGGGAAAAUGUAGUAAAGAUCAAAGAGAUAUAUUCUAUCGACUUUCGAAAUCAGAAGGUUACAGAGCCAGAUCAGCAUACAAACUAAUCCAUCUAGACCAACACUAUCAUCUCUUCAACAAUCCAAACCAACCCAUCAAAACAGUCGUCGAUCUAUGUGCUGCUCCUGGUUCUUGGUCUCAAGUUUUGGUCAACAAACUUGGUCAUCAUCCUGAACUUCAUGAUGAAUUACCUAAAAUCGUGGCUGUCGAUUUACAACCUAUGGCUCCUUUAUCUGGUGUACAUCAAUUAAUGGGUGAUAUCACUCAAAUCGAAACUGCUCAAGCUAUCAUGUCUUAUUUCAAUGGUCAAAAAACUGAUUUGGUCGUAUGUGAUGGUGCACCUGAUGUCACUGGUUUACACGAUUUAGAUGAAUUCGUUCAAGCACAAUUAUUACUUGCAGCACUCAAUAUCACGUUAUCUUUAUUAAGAGAAGGAGGAAGUUUUGUUGCCAAGAUCUUCAAAGGAAGAGAUGUAGGCUUAUUAUUAUCACAAUUAGAUUGUUUCUUUGAAGAAGUCUCAACUUUCAAACCCAAAAGUUCAAGAGAUUCAAGUAUAGAAUCAUUUGUGAUUUGUAGAAAUUAUAAACCACCGAUUGGGUUUAUACCAGAUAUGAAUCAACCUUUUUCAGAACACCCUUCGAUUCAUUCUUCAUCAACCGAAACCUCUUCUCAAUCGAUUCAUUUAAAACAAAUCCUUCAGUUUGUGGCUUGUGGUGAUUUAUCUGCUUAUGAUCCAAUCGAAAAUCCAACUACUUCAUCCAUCAACAACUCAACAAAUCAUUCAACUCAACUUACUUCAUCUGAACUUGGCUCUGAAACUUUGAUCUCUAAAUUAACCAUUUGA